CCUGGCUUCCUUUCGCCCCAGGAAAGGACCUUGAUGGUGGAGACCAUGAAGAGGACGCAUUGCGCGUAUGCGUUUAAUGAUGACGAGUGUGGGAGGUUGGAUGUGGAUAAGAUCCCAAUGAUACGAAUCCAUACCGUCCCACACGAGCCAYGGAACCUGAGAGGCGCGCGGUACCCUCCGGAUGAGGAGAAGAAGGUGGUGGAUUACUUGGAUGGGAAGAUGAGGACGUAUGCGGUGGAUUACUCCAGUGGACCGUAUGCUUCCUCCAGGUUUUGUUUUAUCAAGCCGAACAGAACACUGCGGUGGGUGCAGGAUUUGCAACGACUGAAUGCAGUGACGGUGCGGGAUGYGGGAGGAUUGUCGAACGCGGACGCCCUGUCAGAGUCAUGCGCAGGGAGGCCUAUAAUCUCACUUAUAGACCUUUAUUCUGGGUACGACCAGUUGCCUGUGUACCCACUGGACAGGCCGUUGACGGCGAUGCAUACGCCAAGGGGGCUGAUCCACAUGAACGUGGCGCCUCUGGGGUGGACUAAUGCAGUGGCGAUGGUGCAAAGGCACAUGAUUAGGGCCAUGCAGAUGAUUAGUCCGCAUAUCACCCAUCCCUAUAUUGACGAUCUGGCGGUCAAGGGACCAAAGGAGAAGGAGGAGGACGAGGUGAUGCCAGGAGUGAGGCGGUUCGUCUGGAAGCAUGUCCAGGAUAUCGAUCAGGUUUUGGGUCUGCUGGAAGAACACAACCUGACGGCGAGCGGCCCCAAAUCGAAGCAUUGUAUGAGGGAGGCCAUGAUUCAGGGCUUUGUCUGCAACGAGAAAGGGCGGAGGCCAGAUGUGAAGAAGACGGACAAGAUCCUAGAGUGGUYAGUCCCCUUCCAGUCGAUAACGGACGUGAGGAACUUCCUUGGGACCUGCGGGUUUCAGAGGAGUUUUGUGAAGGACUUCGCCACCAAGACAGAGCAUUUGAGGAAGCUGGUGCGUCAGGAUCAGGAGUGGGUCUGGGGCGAAGACCAGGAAAAGGCUGUGGAAGGGUUGAAGAGAGAAUUCAAGGAAGGGGGCUUAGUGUUGGGAGCGCCAAACUAUGAGGCUACGGAGGAGAAGCCAUUCGUUGUGAGGGCCGCUGAGGAAAGGUUACGAGAGGCCACUGGCCAGGUGGAGAGGAGCUGUAUGGAAGACAAGAUGAGAUGGGACCAGAUGACCCAGAUAAGGAAGGAUCCRCUGAAGGCUGGAGAUGUGGUGUUGCUGUAUGACUCCUCGCUGGAGAAGCAAUGGUCUAAGAAACUCGACAAACGGUGGUUGGGGCCCUAUAGGAUCGUGCGGUGUGGCGAGUUUGGGGCCUAUCAAAUCGAAGAGCUGGAUGGGGCAGGAUGGCAGGACUGGUGUCAGGGACAAGGCUGAAGAAGUUCGUGGCCAGGGAAUAGGUAACGGGCCAUGAGACCUCGUUAGGGAUAGAGUCUUGCCUAG